CCUCCUCCCUCCUCCCUCUCUCUCCAUCUCUCACUCUGCGGAGGCAGCCUGCCACCAAACCACGACGAUCCGCCACCUGAAGCCCGCUCAGCACCGGGACCGGACCGGAACGGACCGGCACACAGCGGCGACCCGAACAUGACGGAAACCAACAAAACGCACGUUAUCCUGCUGUCCUGCGGCAGCUUCAACCCCAUCACCAAGGGACACAUCCAUAUGUUCGAAAAAGCCAGAGAAUAUCUUCACAAAACGGGACGCUUCAUUGUGAUUGGAGGGAUCAUCUCACCAGUACACGACUCCUAUGGAAAACCUGGUCUGGUGUCCAGCAGACAUCGCCUCACCAUGUGUCAGCUGGCCGUUCAGUCCUCUGACUGGAUCAGAGUGGACCCCUGGGAGUGUUACCAGGACACCUGGCAGCCCACCUGCAGCGUCCUGGAGCAUCACCGUGACCUGAUGAAGAGAGUCACCGGCUGCAUCCUGUCCAACGUCAACACGCCGUCCAGCACUCCUGUGAUCGGCCAGCCCCAGAACCAGACCACGCCCAUCUACCAGAACCACAGCAACAUGAAUCACAAGCCUACGGCCAUCAAAGUGUGGGGGAAGAUCAGCGAGAGCCUGGGUAAAAUCUGCUGCGUUCGUCCACACAUCGAACGCUUCACCUUCGUCGAUGAAAACGCCAACUUGGGAACUGCCAUGCGGUACGAGGAGAUCGAGUUGCGCAUCUUGCUCCUGUGUGGCAGUGAUCUCCUGGAGUCCUUCUGCAUCCCUGGCCUGUGGAAGGACAGUGAUACGGAGGUGAUCGUGGGUGACUUCGGCAUCGUGGUGGUGCCGCGUGACGGCGUCGACACCGAGAGGAUCAUGAACCACUCCUCCAUCCUCCGCAAGUACAAGGAUAACAUCACGGUGGUGAAGGACGCCAACAACCACCCCAUGUCCAUCGUCAGCUCCACCAAGAGCAGACUGGCGCUGCAGCACGGCGACGGCCACGUCAUGGACUACCUGUGUCAGCCGGUCAUCGACUACAUCCUGCAGAGUCAGCUCUACAUCAACGCCUCGGGAUAGAGAGCGCCGCCCGCAUGAAGCCAGGGAGGGUGGAGGAGGGCGGGGCGUGGAGACGCCGCCCACACCCAUCAUCUAUAUCAAUAUAUCGCUCGCCCCUCCCUCAAACUAAAACUUCCCUGUCUGUCUUCUGUGUCCAGCAUAUACUCUUGUUUGAGCUGUCCCUUUCCAACAGGAGCCUUCGCGUCUGCGUCAUGUGACUGUACCACCGGGGGGGGGG